CUGCUCAACCUCCACCUCCGGUAUCCAUCAAUCCUCGUAACCGACCUCUUUCAGACUGUAUCUAUUUCCACGAGCACGGUGGCAUCGUCGACCUUUAUCCUUAUUAUGCAAUCAUGACAUGAGCGUGAACCCCAAACGUUACGCGGCGAUUGUCCUCUCUCUGCCGUUCCUUCCGCAAACUUCUUAGCGCCUCAGACUGUCGAGCUGCGCCUCGUCCUGCGGGACCACCGAGACUGGCUUCUUACGAAUACGACCUAAACCUCACUCAGAAACUCCUGUGGUGAAGAGAUCGGACAGUUAAGAUACAUCAAAUCAAUUCUCUUUCGGGAGGUGAAUACUUCUGGCGAUCGUCCAUCAUCGCUUCUUGUUCACAAUACUACCCCGCCGCUGAGCUGCCGCAGGCUCGGUACUUGGGUCGCCUGUCGGGGGUCAAGAGAUCAAGAUGCCUGAAGCAAAUAUGCCUGCCGAGCCCAAUCUGCGCGUCACGAUCAUCGCGGCUGACGGCCUAUACAAAAGAGACGUCUUCAGAUUUCCCGACCCGUUUGCGGUCGCGACCAUUUCAGGAGAACAAACGAGGACCACCUCGGUCAUUAGGAAGACAUUGAAUCCCUACUGGAAUGAGUCUUUUGAUAUGAAAGUCACGGAAGACAGCAUCCUGGCUAUACAAAUUUUCGAUCAAAAGAAAUUCAAGAAGAAGGAUCAAGGAUUCCUCGGUGUCAUCAACAUUCGUAUUGGCGAUGUUAUCGACCUGGACAUGGGCGGAGACGAAAUGCUGACUCGGGAUCUUAAGAAGUCCACCGAUAAUCUCGUCGUCCACGGCAAGUUGAUCGUGAACUUGUCCACUAACCUGAGCACGCCGGCUCCAAAUCCACAAAAUCGACCUCCACCGAGCACUGCCUCCAGCGUCAACGGGUCUACCUCGCUUGGGAGCAGCACCAACGUUAAUCAAACACUGCCCGUCAGAGCCCGAAGCCCUGCGCCAUCCCGGACUGCCACAUCCGGAUCAGGAGACGCAAGAGCGUCUACAACCGCGGUGAACGGAAUCGGUGCACAGUCUGCGGCCAACGGAGGAGGGAGAACUGGGGGAUUCAGCUCAUUCGAAGAUAGUCAAGGACGUCUACCGGCUGGAUGGGAACGCAGGGAGGAUAAUCUUGGCCGAACGUAUUACGUUGACCACAAUACCAGAACAACCACUUGGACCAGACCAUCGAACCAUAUGAGCGAAGCCGAAUCUCGCACCCGCAUGGAAGCCAAUAUGCAGGUGGAGCGACAACGACAUCAAAACCGUAUGCUUCCUGAAGACCGCACUGGUGCCAAUUCACCGAACCUUCAGGAAUCCCGCACUGGAUCUCCCCAGCAGAACGCUGUAGCAAUGAUGGCAACGGGUGCCACAACUGCCGGAACGGGAGAGCUUCCUGCUGGUUGGGAAAUGAGGCAUACGCCAGAAGGCCGAGCUUACUUUGUCGACCACAAUACGAGGACCACGACUUGGGUUGAUCCGCGAAGACAACAGUACAUUCGCAUGUAUGGCAACAACCCUACGGGCAACAAUACCACCAUCCAACAGCAACCAGUCUCUCAACUGGGACCCUUGCCCAGCGGCUGGGAAAUGCGCCUCACGAACACGGCUCGUGUUUAUUUCGUCGAUCACAAUACCAAGACCACGACCUGGGAUGAUCCACGAUUGCCGUCGUCUCUGGACCAGGGCGUACCGCAAUACAAGCGCGACUUCCGAAGAAAACUCAUCUAUUUCCGCUCGCAGCCUGCUUUGCGUAUUUUGUCUGGCCAAUGCCAUAUCAAAGUUCGCCGCGGCAAUAUUUUUGAGGAUUCUUAUGCUGAAAUUAUGAGGCAAAGCGCUACCGACCUGAAGAAACGCUUAAUGAUCAAGUUUGAUGGUGAAGACGGUCUAGAUUAUGGGGGGCUGUCUCGCGAAUUCUUCUUCCUACUUUCACAUGAGAUGUUCAAUCCUUUCUAUUGCUUGUUCGAGUACUCAGCCCAUGACAACUACACCCUGCAAAUCAACCCUCACUCCGGUAUCAACCCUGAGCAUCUCAAUUACUUCAAAUUCAUUGGGCGUGUGGUCGGCCUUGCGAUCUUCCAUCGGCGUUUCCUGGACUCCUUCUUCAUUGGCGCUUUCUACAAGAUGAUGUUGCGGAAGAAGGUCCAGAUUCAAGAUAUGGAAGGAGUGGACGAAGAGUAUCAUAAGAACUUGACAUGGACGUUGGAAAAUGACAUCACCGACAUCCUCGAUCAAACAUUCUCUAUUGAAGACGAACAGUUCGGCGAAACCAAGACAAUUGAUCUGAAACCCAACGGCCAGAACAUUCCGGUCACGAAUGAGAACAAGAGAGAAUAUGUUGAGCUUGUCACUGAGUGGAAAAUUGUGAAGCGAGUCGAAGAACAGUUUAACGCUUUCAUUACUGGCUUCAAUGAAUUGAUACCAGCGGAUCUCGUCAACGUGUUUGACGAACGCGAGCUCGAACUGCUCAUUGGUGGAAUUGCCGAUAUUGAUGUUGAGGACUGGAAGAAGCACACCGACUAUCGUGGCUACCAGGAGCAAGACGAGGUCAUCCAGAACUUUUGGAAGGUUGUCCGAACGUGGGAUGCCGAACAAAAGAGUCGUCUACUCCAAUUUGCGACCGGCACCAGCCGAAUUCCUGUCAAUGGAUUCAAAGAUCUGCAAGGUAGCGACGGACCGAGAAGAUUUACCAUUGAGAAGGCUGGCGAGAUCAAUGCUCUUCCCAAGAGUCAUACCUGCUUCAACCGUCUUGAUCUCCCGCCGUACAAGACUUACGAUGUCCUCAACUCGAAACUCUCCACGGCAGUCGAGGAGACGCUAGGCUUCGGCCAGGAGUAAGAACCGUCCAUCCAUGUCUGGGGUCGAAUUCUGUGCUUCAACGACUGGCAAGGCCCCAUCAGCAUUCAGACGCUUCGCCACGACGAUUGAACCUGGCCACAACCAUACCUAACCAUUUUCACAACAGCUGCCUGGCGAAAAAGCACGAAGCACUUCCGAAGAAAUCAACAAAUGUCGCAGAACCUUGCGGCGGGUGCGGCCCAGGUUAUGGAAGAAGCGAGGCAGACUGAGCUUCCGAGUUGUUAUUCCAGCCUGGCGUCGACACAGCAAUCUCCGCCGUCAUGACGUUCAUGUGUCAGUGGCGAGAGGUGUUAGAGACGGUGGACCCGCCAGUGGUAUUGGGUUUGGACAGUCUGACGAAACAGGGAGUAAAUUGGAAUUGUACGAAACUUGACAUGGUUGUGGUGAGUGUUGUUGCAGCAGACUGGAUGGGGGACAUAAAAAUGACCGUUACAUAAAUCCGGCGUCGGUGCGCGUGUGGGCAGCCCUUGCAGACUGGAAUCGUAUCCAUGUUGUUUCUUUA